UUGAAGAGGGUGGAGAUGAAAGCCGGAGGACAGCAUGGCAACACAAACCUGAUAAAGGAGGAGUCACACCCAGCGUGGCCUCACUUCAGCUCCCACACCUGACAGCAGCAGCAGUCUGCAGCGGUCAUGCUCAGCCUCAUCAAGUUACCGCGAGUCUUCACCAUCAAUCAGGUGCCCAAAGUUUUCCAUGAGGACGGCAUCAUCUCCGGGUACAGACAUCCCCGCAGCUCAGCCACCGACUGCAUCCUCAGCCUCUUCCAGCUGACCAAUGAGACGCUCAACAUCUGGACCCACUUCCUGCCAACCUGGUACUUCUUAUGGAAACUAGUGACGGUGGUGUUGAUUCAGAGAGCAUGGCAGGACUCCUUCACCUGGCCUCUGCUCAUCUUCCUGUUCUCCUGUUGCAUUUACCCGCUGGCAUCCAGCUGUGCUCACACCUUCAGCACCAUGUCAGCCCGGGCUCGCCACAUCUGCUUCUUCUUUGACUAUGGAGCUCUCAGUUUCUACAGCCUGGGGUCAGCCAUCGUGUAUUCAGCGUACGUUUUUCCUGACAAAUGGAUGAACAGCCUCUUCCACCAGUACUACAUCCCCAUCGCUGUGCUCAACACCGUCAUCUGCACCGCUCUGGCCUGUUACUCCAGACUUGGCUUUCCAUUUCUGCAAUACAAUCAUGACAUCAUGAAGAGAUUCCCUGAGUGCCAGAGACCCAAGUUCAGCAAAUACAUGCGUGUUGUUGCCUUUGCCUACCCGUACCUGUUUGACAACAUUCCUCUGUUCUACAGGGUGUUUUUGUGUGUAGGGGAGGGCUGUACGGACAACGAUACCGACAUCCUUCACUACUACCACAUCAUCUUGGCUCUCCUCACAGGCUUUCUGUUUGCCACCCAUUUACCCGAGCGCCUGGCACCUGGCAGCUUCGACUACAUCGGUCACAGCCAUCAGCUCUUCCACGUGUGCAGCAUCCUUGCCACCCACUUCCAGAUGAAGGCCAUAGAGCAGGACAUGAUGAUACGCCGCGCCUGGCUCCGUGAACACUCCUUACCCAUCACCUUUGCCAACUCAUUGGGUGCAGCGCUGUUUUGUGUGGUGCAGAGUCUGAUUGUCAUCAUCCUCUUCAGUCUCCCUCUCCUCUCUGGCCCAGUCUGCAAAGAGAAGAAACAUAAUAAAGGUCAAAAGAGGUCAUCAGCCAAGGUCAGUCCCUGCUGCUAGACCUCUGGUUUUAAGUCUGAGGAAUCCCAGCCGAUCAAAAGACAUAGAGACAAAGGGAAAAUGUGCGUCAUGGUUGAAAACACAUAUGAAAGAACACUCCAUGGCAAUGAAUGUUAAAGAGCAUUCUAAGUCUGCACUGAACUUAAAGUGGUAUCUAGCCUCCAGAUAUCUCUGGUGUCUGCUGUAUGAUAUGACCUUUAACCAAAAAUGAGCACAAGUUGCACUCAGGGAGAAAAUGGUUUGUUAACAUAAAGCUAUUUUAAUUUAAAAAUUUCUGAGGAUUUUCUUCAUGCAAAAAAAAAAAAAAUCAAAUGUUGUGGCUAAGCUAUUUGUAAGAAGUUAUUUAUAUGUUGAAAAAGAUUUUCUGAUUUCCACACAUGUGGUGUAUGACGAGACUGUAAGCUGCAGGGAACAAAACAUGUGAAGACAAAAGAGACAGUUAUGAUAGUUGAGCAUAGCAUAGCAGGAUUAACGGAAAGUUAAGCACCUGUUAAUGUAAGAUAUUAAAAAAAGAUAAAGAGUAGAUGGGUAGUUCAUUUCCCCCUAAAUGAUUGCUGUUUCUGUACUGCGUAAUGUCGGAUUGUUCAUUUGAUGCAAAACUGAAAGUAUUUUUGUACAAUAUUAUUUAUAAUGAUUUUUUUUUUUCAAAUAAAAAUUUAAACAAC